AUGGAUAUUUUCAUUGCUUUACUCUUUGUCUUAGGUGUGAUGUACCCAGCACCUACCGUCGUGACGGCAAAUGAUCUUCCAAUGCUGGUGCGAUUGAUUCGGCAGCAAAACAAGUUGCCAGUGGAGAAAAUUGAGUCCCAACAAUCACAAUCUCAAGAUUCAGAUGAUGGUCAAUCAGUUCAAGAAAUGGUCCAAAACGUGCAAUUUACACACCAAGUUCCUAUUGUAACCACCACUGCAAAAUCAACGAAACCGCCGGUACCUCAAACCCAACACCCUGAUCAAACUACCAAACCACCGCCACCGCCACAAACUGGUUCCAAUAGCACCAAACCCUUGUUGCCAAAUGUGACCAACCCCAACAAUAACAUGUCCAGCACACUACCUCCAGCUGCACCGGGCCAGCAGAACCCAACAACGCCGACCGUUCCGAACCAAAUAGUGCUAAACGUGAACGUACUAAUUCACUCUGGUGCAGAAAAACAUUCCGCUGCACGAAGCACGCACUGUAAUCAUCAGACGGAAACAUCACACCAUAAGUGUCAGAACUCCAAAGCACAGCACGAGCAAGGUACGAACAAACUUAAAAAACCAACCAUCAAACCCAGGAAUAUCCUCAGACAAAACCUCAGACCGUACAAAAUAGAAGUUCCAGUGAAGAUGACGGCACCAUUCGAAUUGCAGUUGGGAAAUGACCAAUAUUACGGCACAAAGACACAAGUCGCUAGGGAAAAUGAUUGUCUGCUUUGUUGA